AUGCCACCACGAAAGAGCGAUGUCGCGAAGCCUGUCGUUGGAGAUGAAACUACACCUGUCAAAGAAACGACGGUAGUUCGAGAGGGAAUUAGUAUCGAGGAUCUUAGUCUCCCGAAAAGUAUCGUAACGCGAUUGGCGAAGAGUGUGUUACCGCCUAAUACGCAGAUUCAGGGAAAUGCAAUGUUGGCGAUGGGGAAGAGCGCCACGAUUUUUGUUAAUUAUUUGGCUACACAUGCAAACGAGAACGCACACAGCCGAAGUGUUAAAACGAUAGCGCCGCAAGAUGUUUUCAAGGCGUUGGAUGAUAUAGAAUUUCCUGAUUUUAAACCAAGGUUAGAGGCGGAACUUGCGAAGUUUAUCGAACUACAAAGCGACAAAAAAAAUACAUAUAAAAAGAAAGUCGCAGCGGAUAAGGUGGCUGGAAGUCAAGCGGGAGGUGAAGAUGGAGAGGGCGAUUCAGAAAUGUUGGAUCGAGAAGGGGAUGGAGAACCAAAGGCUAAAAAGGUUAGGCGAGAUGGGAGCAGUGGGGAGACACAAGAAGAACACGAUGACGAAAUAGACGCAGAUGAAGAGCAUGAUGAGGAGGUGGAGGGAGAGGAAGGCGAGGACGAAGAAGAAGGGGAGGGUGAAGCAAGGGAAGACGAUGACGAAGAGAAGUUCGAUGUUGAGGAGGCAGAAGAAAAAGAGGUAGAUGACGAGGCGCUGGAUAAUGGGGAGGAUAGUGAUUGA